AUGGGUGCUGAGGAAGGUUGCAGCGUAGACGAGUUGGAGAAGUCUUUGAACGAAAUCACCAUUUUGUUCACUGAUUUCGAACGGAAUAGGUCCGACCCUAUGAUGUUCGACCCGACGCUGAUGAUGCAGUUGGUGAAGUACCGACAGAAGUUUGAGCGAACGCGUCUCAGAACUCUGGCUGGCGAUGAGUCUCGGACUGACGCCGACCUGAGUGCUCUACGAGCGGUCGUGCAAGGCGCCACCACACCUGCUGUGUUGGACGAUGAUGAUUCUGUCGAGGUUGAUUUAGGUCAGGGUGUUGUGAUUGAUAGUCGGACGCUAUCACCUGACUAUAGAGGCUGGGCGGUCUUCCCCUUGUUGUCUUGUGUGAACCACUCGUGUCGACCUAAUAUGGAGAUCGAGUUCUCUGGUGAUGGAGCAACGCUAGUGGCAAAUGUGUCAGAGUCGGGGUCGAUAGCUGCUGGCGAGGAACUCAUGAUCAGCUAUUGUGACAUUGAAGAGGAUUCAGUUGGAGAAAGACAAAAGCAACUUGAUCCGUAUGGAUUCAUCUGCAACUGUGAACGAUGUUGCAAGAGGGCUAGGAAGGCCUAG